AUGUUCUUUCGGCGCAUCCCCGCGGCGCUUGUGUCCAGCAUCGUCGUCGGCUACGGUGCGUGGUAUUCGUAUAACGGAGGCGCGAGCUGGAACCUCACGAACGCGACGGGUGCGCGCAGUCUGACCUCGACCGGCGGACAGGGACCUCUCGGCGCUAAUACAGCGUCCGCGCCCUUGCCGACCAGGACGGUUCUCGUGGUUGGCGCCGACGAGCUCCGACAGGGUACUAUCGUGGGCGAGGAGCCAAUCUCGAAGACGACGAGUGACGGUCGCCGCAUCGUGGAAAUGCUGACCCCGGAGCAGGCGACGGAAGCGCUCCGCAAGUCGGAGGAGUCUUUCUCGGUGAACCGCGGUCAGGGCGUCACCCGCUACGAUAUUGUUCAACUGUCCAGCAAUGACCCGAUCGAGGAUGACCACGCUGAAAAGAUUGUCGAGGUGAAGGCUUCGUCGGCUGAUGCGCAGAACAACGACUGGAUGUUCUGGGGUGUUUUUGAUGGCCACUCCGGCUGGACCACUUCGGCACUGCUGCGUGAGAGCCUCAUCAGCUACGUCGCUCGUGAGCUGAAUGAUACAUACAAAUCAACAAAGGGCGGUCUGCCCACUGCCGAUGCCAUUGAUCUUGCCAUCAAGACUGGCUUCACCCAGCUGGACGAUGAGAUUGUUCACAAGAGCGUCGAAAAGGUCUUCAAGGGAAAAUCUCAAGCUAUGGCUGCUGAGCUGCUCCAGCCGGCCAUGUCAGGCUCGUGCGCGCUACUCUCCUUUUACGAUACCGAGAGCCAGCUUCUCCGCGUCGCUGUCACCGGUGACUCGCGCGCCGUCCUUGGCCGCCGCUCUGAUAGCGGCAAGUGGACAGCAACUGCCCUUUCGGAGGACCAAACGGGCGGAAACCCCAACGAAGAGGCACGCAUGCGCAGAGAGCACCCAGGCGAGGACAACGUCGUGCGCAACGGCCGUGUGCUCGGAGGGCUCGAGCCCACGCGCGCCUUUGGCGACGCCGUCUACAAAUGGAGCCGCGAGACCACCAUCAAGCUCAAGCAAGGCUACUAUGCCCGCAGCCAGUCACCGCUGCUCAAGACGCCCCCAUACGUCACGGCGGAGCCCGUUGUGACGACGACCAAGAUUCGUCCCGAGAAUGGCGACUUCUUGGUCAUGGCCACGGACGGUCUCUGGGAGAUGCUGACCAAUGACGAGGUAGUUGGACUCGUCGGUCAGUGGAUCGAGUCGCAGGCCAAGACGGGCUCGUCCAUGGAGUCGGCGUGGGCCAAGGUCUUUGGCGCCUCGAACAAGGCGCUCCCCGUCGAGCAGAGCAAGGAGUCUGCCGCGGCGGCCGGUGAUGGCCAGCGCGUCCCGAUCCGUAUGCAACAGUGGGGGAACGACCCCGACGCCAAGGGUCGAUUUUUGGUCAAGGACAAGAACGUGGCGACACAUCUUGUCCGCAACGCGCUGGGCGGCUCCAACGACGAGCAGGUUCGCGCUCUAUUGACGCUCCCUGCUCCGUUUUCUCGCCGCUACAGGGACGAUUUGACUGUGCAAGUCAUUUUCUUUGGUAACGGCCCCAAGACGGGUGAGGUCAGCGUCAACCACGAGGCAACUGCCAACAACGGAGCUCCCAAGCCCAAGCUGUAA